UGCUUAAUCAAAUUUCUAAUUUCUGAGCCAGGUGCUCCACCUUUCUCUCAAUUUCACUUUAUACCACCCAAACCAGCGUGGAAGAAUCCGCGCCCCACAGAAGGUUCGCACUACUCACCAACCACAAUUGAGAAAGUUGCCAAUUUCGUAACUCAUCUGCCCUGGGUUCCUCUCAGCGCCUGUUUUGCCAAUUCUCUAUUCAGCAAGGCAACCAAUCCAACCCAAUUUCUUGUCGCGUGUAUCUACGGUGUUUCUCUAGUUUCAAUGUUUGGAGCUUCAACGACAUUCCACUGUUGUACACUGCUUACUUCGAAGAGCCGGUAUUACAAUCUAUUGCAUUAUUUGGAUCGGACAGUCAUCUUCGUGUUCAUUGCGGCGUCCUACACUCCUUGGUUGGUUUAUAAAUCAAUUUACUUUGCAAUCACUUCUCAUUCUCUUUCCCGUUCAAAUGCCAGUGUAAUUUCAUUUCAGGUCGACUCCACGGGGUUACACAAAGUUGGUGCGGGAGGCUUAGUCUACAUCUUAGGCGCAGUCUUCUUCAAGAUGGACGGCGUUAUCCCGAUGGCCCACGCUAUUUGGCACUGCUUUGUGGCACUCGCGGCAUACAUCCACUUCCUGGCAAUUGACCGGUUCCUGUUUCUGGAGACGUCACCUCCGUGA